AUGAGCACGCUGUUUACUCGCCUCAAGCUGAGCAACAUUUACUACAACUGCUUUAAUGGGGUGGAGUUUUUGCCGCACAUCAUCAUAACAGGCGUAUUCGCCAUCAUCAUCAAGCCUAUCUAUGACGUAUUAAUAUGGCGAUACCAGGACGCAUACGGAAUACGAAACCCACUGUUCGUUGCGCUCAUACUUGGUGUGUUGUUUUGGUCGAGCGCGCUGGCAUGGCGGCUGGUUGGGAAAUUACAAGUCCGGCACAUUUCGGCGGGGACUAUUUUCGUGGGCCAAAUCGUAUUUGUCCACAUUUUAUUUAUCAUGGUCCUGCUGGUCAAAUCGACCAAACUUUCGCGGAUGCAUAAGAACAGCAUAUAUAAUGCAGAAAACAACUCUGACAACGGCGAUGUACGGUUGUCGGACGCAUCUUCGACGACACCCAGGGAUACAAGCAGGCAGGCAUUUCUUGCAGCGAUGCAAACCGCCGACGAUCAUGAGAAGAUUACACUUUGCCAAGAACUUCUAGAUAAUGCGAACAGCAGUGUUGGAAUUUCACCAGCCGCGUCGUCAAUUAUCAUCGCCAAGUCUAAUAUUGCCACCGACGACGCGAUCUUGUGCCAACAGUCGCCGGCCAACAGAAUAACCACUCAGGAUAACGCUAACAUCCACAACCCGUUCAUCGGAAUUGCCGAUACCAUAAAGCAAGUGUAUCCGGAUAAAAGCAUCGACGGCUCGACUAUGGUGGCGGAAAGCUUGCGCCCGAAACUCGACGCAAUUAUUAGCACGUUUAUUCUUUCCAACUCGCCGCUGGAGCUCAACAUCGACCCACACAUAAUCGACACAUCAAAGUUGUACAUCAAGGGUGGCCAAAUUCCGUACGAUCUGAUUGACCAGGCCAAGGGCCAGAUAGUUGAGCUAGUGGGAAGCGGCGGCCGCGAUCGUUAG